CCGAAACUCUGAACGGGGGACCAAGAGUCGGUCAAAGUAGCAGGAUGGCAGCCGCUCCGCUUGAAGGGACAAAGUCCAUCGACACGUUGCUAGCGGCGGAGAACGUGAGCGCGUCAGGUCGUCGGGUUCCUAUCUCCACAUCCGAGAGCGGGUUGCCGCCCGGCCGCGUGCUGUUCAUCAACGAUCGAAGCGCGACGAGUGCCGCCAUGGCCAAGCUCGGACUCACGUGCGCGAGCAACGUCGUGCGCACGUCCAAGUACUCGGUCCUGUCCUUCAUACCCAAGAACCUCAUGGAACAGUUCCGCCGCGUGGCGAAUUUCUACUUUCUCAUCAUCUCGUUGCUGCAACUCGCGACGCCGUACUCACCCACAAACCAGUACUCGACCAUCGGCCCCCUCGUGCUCGUGUUGGUUGCGACCAUGAUCAAGGAGGCAGUGGAAGAUAAGGUGCGCCACGACGCAGACAAGACCGUCAACCGCGCCAAGACCCUCGUGUUUGUUGACGCGACGGGGGGGUACGAAGAAAGGAUGUGGCAGGAGCUCCAAGUUGGGGACGUGGUGAAAGUUCUCGAAGGCGAGUGCUUUCCAGCUGAUCUUGUGCUCCUCGAAUCCAGCAACAUUGACGGACAAGCGCAAGUCGAAACAGCCAACUUGGACGGCGAGACCGAUUUAAAAACUCGCACCCGACCGGAUUGGAAGCUGGAUUGGGUCAACGUGUCCAUGUUUCCGUCGAUGGUCACGGCCGAAAUCCGCUGCGAAGCUCCCAACCGCCGGCUGUACACGUUUGACGGGGUCGUGAAGAUCAAGCAAGAGGGGCGACUGGCGUGGGAAGUGCCUCUCACGAUCACAAACAUCGUGCUGAGAGGCAUGAAGUUGAGCCACACGACGUACGUGGAGGGCGUGGUGGUCGCGUCGGGGGCAGAAACCAAAUUGAUUCAAAACACUAAACAGUCGCCGUCCAAGUUUUCACGACUUGACGUGAUUGCGAACCGGUGCAUCCUAGUGAUUUUCUCCGUGUUGUGCAUCGUGUGCUGUGUGUCGACUGCGUGGAGCACGUGGCGAAGUACCAUGUACUUUAACCGCGUGGGCAGUAAAAUGACCACUGCGUUUGGCAACACCACCAACUGGAGCUAUCUGUGGGACCAAGACAUCCCGUCGACGUUUAUCACGUUCUUGAUCUUGUACAACAACUUGGUGCCCAUUUCGCUAUACAUCAGCUUGGAAGUAGUCAAGUGGUAUCAAGCCAAGCAGAUCGAAUCGGAUCCUGAAAUGUUGGACCCUAUGACUGGCCGAUCUGUCCAAGCGCGAACGUCCAACUUGAACGAAGAUGUGGGCCAAAUCCGGUACCUCUUCAGCGACAAGACUGGCACGAUUACCAAGAACGAAAUGGUGCUCAAACUCAUCAGCCUCGGCCACGUUGUGUACGACAACAUCCCCGUGAGAGACAAACGAAUCGACUCGUCGCCUUCGCUCCACCGCGACGCCCCCGUCGACCAAGUGGACCGCAUCACCACCCGCCUACGCGCGUACUCGGCCAAUGUGAUGCCGUACAGCAUGCUCACACAGCAUGGAACGUACCCGGACCACGGCGCGGGCUGCGACGCGACGACUGUGAUGGACGACACGGGCGACCUGUCGCGAGGGGUGCUGGUGCAGACGUUCUUUCGAUGCGUGCUCCUGUGUCACACUGCGACAUUGUCCCCAGAGAACGCCAUUCGCGCGUCGUCGCCCGACGAAACCGCUUUGUUGCGGGGUGCCGUGGAGCUCAACUGCGUACUCAAAGGCCGCACGACGACCACGAUGGACAUCAGUCUGUUUGGCAGACCUGAGAGCUACGAGAUCCUGGCGCUCAACGAAUUCGACAGCACGCGCAAGUGCAUGUCUAUUGUCGUGCGCCAACUCACGGCGACGUGCCAGGAAUCCAUUACCAAAGAUGAUGUGCUGUGGGUAUUUUGCAAAGGCGCAGACACGACCAUGAUGGCAUCGGGCGACCACAGACACCACACGGCCAAAGUUCCCACGAGGGACUCGAUCACAAGUCACUUGCACUACUUUGCGUCCAUGGGCCUGCGGACGCUAGUCUUUGGGUACAAGCGCAUCACGCUGGCCGAAUUCAUGGCGUGGUCGGCAGCGUACGCCAAGGCCAAGACGUCGCUGGUCGAUCGCGAGUCCAAGCUCAUCGAGUGCGCGCGCAGCAUGGAGACGCGGCUGACGCUGCUGGGGGCCACGGGCGUCGAAGAUCAGCUGCAGGACGGCGUGACCGAGUGUAUCGAGACCCUCAGUGCCGCGGGCAUCAACAUUUGGAUGCUGACCGGGGACAAGGACGAAACGGCCAUCUCGAUCGCCAAUUCGUGCGGGUUACUCUCGGACCAGUCGCAGUUGGUCGUGCUCAACGAAACGUCGCAGCAAGGGUGCUUGUACCAACUGACAAAUAUCCGCAAGCAGCUGCGCAAACAAGGGUUGUGGAAGCCAGACGUGCCGUCGCGCGAAAUUGCGCUCGUGAUCAACGGCGACGCGCUCGAGUGCCUCAUGAACGAAACGAGGCCGGAAGCGGACAACGACGAAAAAGUGUCCACCGGCCGAUUUGCCGACCCCAACGAAAGCACGCACUCGGUUCUGGGGGUGGACGAGUCGAACCAUGCCCUAGGGUACCGCGACUCGAGCUUUCAGCGCACAAGACCAACCAUCAAGGGGUUGCAAGACACGCACUCCAACUCGGACGACAACGACGCGGCGCUCGCGCUCUUUAUGCAGCUGGUCACGCAGUGCUGCUCGGUGAUUGCGUGUCGACUGUCCCCAAUCCACAAAGCGCAGAUUAUCGCGCUCAUCAAACGAAGUAAAUCCCGCCCGGUGACCAUGGCCGUGGGGGAUGGCGGCAACGACGUCAGCAUGAUCCAGGAAGCGCACAUUGGCGUCGGCAUCUUUGGCCAUGAAGGCAUGCAAGCGGUGCGCAGUGCCGACUUUGCGAUCGGCCAGUUUCGGUUUCUGUCGCGGCUCAUCUUGGCGCACGGGCGGUGGAACUACCGCCGUGUGUCGAUAGUGAUUUUGUUUUCGUUUUACAAAAAUAUGACACUCGUCAUGACGCUGUUCAUGUACUCGUUUUUGAACGGGUACUCUGGCCAGACCAUGUACGAGUCGUACUUGAUUGUGGGGUGGAACGUCCUGUACACGCUGUUCCCCAUCCUCGUACUCGGCAUUAUCGACGAAGACAUUAGCUCCAACACGGUGCUCAAGUACCCGUUUAUCUUUCGCAACAACCAGAUGGGCCAAGAGCUUAACCUGUCCAAAAUGCGCAUGUGGGUCGGCAAAGCUCUGUGGCAUUCGUUUCUGGUGUUUUCCCUCGGCACGUUUUUAACGUACAAUGCGUUCGGAUCGUAUUCCAUGGCCGACUCGAGCAUCUUUUUGUACGGCACGGCUGUCUAUGGCAUCCUCGUGGUCACUGUGAGCCUCAAAGCCGCCCUGAUCAUGCAGCGCCUUCAUCGGUGGACGCGGUACCAUUACUUUGCCAUCGUCGGGGGACCUGUCUCGUACUUGGCGUUUGUGCUGUCGUACUCGGAGGCGUAUGGAAUCGUGCGGCUGACAACAUUCAGCGACUUUUACGGCCUUGGCAGCGUGAUAUUUGGGGGCGCGGCGUUUUGGAUUACGAUCUGCCUCGUGGGGUUCACGUCCAUCGUCGCAGACGUUGUCGGCAUGUACAUUUCCCGCAUGUACUUGCCCACGAACCAAGACAUUAUCGAAGAAAUCGACUCGCACUUGGACGAUCCAUGUGACGACGUUGCCACGGUUGCCACCACAGCAAGCAGAUCCAAAACUGGGAGUGUCGUAAUGGUGAACAUGAAGCAGGUCAAGAUCGAGGAGGUAGCUCAACGCAAGAUCCUGUCGCCGGGCGUCGGCGGCGUGCGAAAGGACUUGGGCUUUCUCACCGAGCACGAAGAGCUGUGUCGGAAGCUCAUGCGACAGGAGCGCGCCAUCUCCCGGGAAGUGGGUGUCCACCGCCAAGAGGUGUUUGACGUGGGCAUCUCGUCGACGUCGCAGAUCUCACUGCAUCCGAUCACAGUCGAGUUUAUGGGCGAAGAUCACGACGUGCUCGAAGCGGGUUACACCAAACUGUUUGUGGCUCGGGAGGUGCGGCGUAUUCACGUGUUGGUAGCCAUGUUCCUCUUCCUCUUGCCGUUUUAUGCCGUGGUCGAGUACUACUGGGAAAAAGAUCAGUCGCGGUACUUGAUUCGCGUUGGCAUGUUUUGUGGCACGCUCAUGUACUUGACGUUUCUGCACUCGCGGUUCUUCUUGUCGCAUUAUCAAUUGGCGAUCUUGGUGCCGAUGGCCAUGGGGGGCAUUGCAUUCACCCAAGCAAUCGAGUACACGGGGCUGCUGCUCGUGACGAUCUUUACGAUUUUGCUGUUUUCAGUCGUCCGGGUCAAAGUGGUGUAUGCGAUCUGUCUCGCCGUGUUCAACUUGCUCUACUUUGAUUUGUCGCCGCGGCUGGGCUUUCGGAGUAGCACCAAAUCGAGCGAGACCACAGCCACGGAGAUUGUGCUUUUCCUGGUGUUUAUGAUGUUCCUCAUUGCAUGCUCGGCGUUUGGGUCGUACAUUUUGCAAGUGUCGAUGCGCACGGACUUUGUGCAGAACCGCAUAUUGGUCUACGAAGAGCGGCGCAGUCGCGAGAUCCUGAGCAACAUGCUGCCGGAACACAUUGUCCGCCGCAUGCAAAACGGCGAGAAGCUCAUCUCGGAAGAAGAGAAGGACGUGACCAUCCUCUUUUGUGACAUCGCCGACUUCUCGUCGCUCAUCAAGCGGUACUCGCCUACGGAGAUGGUCAUGCUUCUCGACCGCAUCUACUCGUUGUUCGACGCCAUGUGUGCCAAGCAUGGCAUGCGCAAGAUGGAAACGGUCGGCAAGACGUACCUGGCGUGCGCGGGGCUUCAGGGCAGCGUCAAGGGCAAGGAGGCGGCGCUGCGGGCGGCGGGCGUCGCGCAAGACAUGAUGGCGGCAAUCUCUAGAGUCAAAGCGAGUAAUGGCAACGGUCUGAAGAUUCGCAUUGGCAUUCACAGCGGGCGCGUCAUCAGCGGGUUGGUCGGUAUGAAAAAGCAGCAAUUUUCGCUCUUUGGGGACACGAUCAACACGGCGUCACGGAUGCAAAGCACGGGUGUGACGGGGCGCAUUCAAGUAUCCCAGGUCACGUACGACUACCUGUGUCACGACUUCCGGUUUGAACCCCGCACAGUGGAGGCCAAGGGAAAAGGCACGCUGACGGCGUACUUGAUGGGCAAGUCCGCGACCGUGCUGGGGGAUCGAGCAAUGCGCGGUCAUUGGGACGCGUUCCCCGACCCAAGAACAGCGUCACAGUCCCGUCAGGCCCUCCGCGCCACCUUCGAAAUGAUGAUCAUCUACCACAUACGCGAGUGGCUGCGGCGGCUAUUUGCGCCGACCAACCGCAUCGAAGUGAUGGCGAGCACGGUGGAGAACACGGAGAUGAGUAUGCCCACGCGAAUGCGCCUGCAAGGCAUCCAUACAGAGCUGAGCAUGGAGAUCGAUCCUAUCUGGCUGUUCUUCGUCAAGCCCGAGCUUGAGCUCGCGUAUCGCAAGGCGCGGUGCUUUAUCCGUCAAAACGGGGCGAGACGCACGAUGAUCAUGCUGGCGAUAUAUUUGGCGUACACGAUUCUGCGCGACCUCGUGCACGAUAUGAGCGUGGACAACACCGGCGUGCUCCAAAACAACGCGACUAUAUGCGACCACUCGUGCAAAUCGGCCAUCUACGCCUCGACGGCCAUUCGCGGGUUCUUGAUUGGGUAUGCAGGCUGGUUUGAGUACUCCAACUUUUAUGCGCGACGAGCGGUGGACCAGCCGUGGCUCACGGACGCACUCAAAGCGUUCAUUCGACCCGUCCACGCUACGAUUUUCGUGUACUACAUUGUCACGUCUGUGAUACUGGUCACGCCCAACAUUUUUCGGUGGGCAAACGAGCAGCAGAGCAUCUUGUACUCGUACAUUUCCAUGGACAUCAUCAUGCCCAUGUUCCUCGUCUCGAGCGGCGGCUCCCUCCUCAAUAAAUUCACGUCCUACUUCAAUGGGCUGCUCAUGGCGCUCAGCACCAUCAUUUACCUCUAUGCGUACAACCAGGCGCUGCCAGACCACUCGAAAGUCGAAGGCCUCAAAGUGUACCCCACGGCCUUGACGUUGUUUGUGGGGCUGUUCAGCACCAUGGCCCGCCGCGACAUCGAGUUUUUCUGUCGGCGAAAGUACUGGUUCCAAGCGCGCGCGCAAAUGGAAACCAAAAAAGCCGACCGGUUGCUGUACAAGAUGCUGCCGCAGUCCGUCGUGAACCAGCUGAAAGAAGGCGAGUUAGUGUGUGACCAGCACCACCACGUGGGCAUCUUGUUUUCAGACAUCAAGGGGUUUACGUCCAUUGCUGCGCGGGCAGACACGGAUAUAGUCGUCCAUUUGCUGGACUCGCUCUUUUCCGCAUUUGAUGUGCUCACCGAGAAGCACGGGGUGUUUAAGAUGCAAACCAUUGGCGACGCUUACGUGAUCGUGUCGGGGCUUCCGUACGUCGACAUGAGCUCCAAGGAGCUCAACCACUUGACCGAACCCAACGCUGACGAGUUGGUCACGUCGCACGAAGCUGGGCUACAGUCCAUCCACCACAAACCCGGCACCCCUUCGUCGACUGUCAAACCGCAUUCGUCCGGAUCUUUCCGUCACCUCGAGUCGCUGCCGCCGCGGCUGCAUAUUCGCAAUCUCAUCCGCAUGGCCACUGACAUGCAGCGGGAAGUGGCCAAGGUGAUGGACCCCAACAGCGGCGAGCCGUUGCAAAUGCGCAUUGGCAUCCACAUCGGCAGCAUCAUUGCCGGCGUCAUUGGCACGUCGACGCUCCGGUACGACAUGUGGGGGCCAGACGUGCUCACGGCCAACGAGAUGGAGACCAGCGGUGUGCCUGGUCGAAUCCUCGUGUCCAGUGCCGUGAAGAACGUGGUGCGUCAUCAUAUUGUUUAUGCUUCAAAGUGGUCACAACAUGUCCAUCAGGCUGAAGAUUGCCCUGACCUCCGCUUCACGUUCCAUAAGUCGAUAGACUUUACCGGAAUCGCGAAAAUGGACACGUACAUUGCCGAUUUCAUAGACGACAAGGUCGAGAAACACAACUUACCCGUGGAAAACAAGCUCCACGAGAAACCACCGUUGCCGUCGGAUGGAUCCACUAAAGUCCUUGCUCCUUCGACUACAUUCGAAAAGGCCAGCUAAUGGACACUUCAUUCGAAAAGGCCAGCUAACGUUAAUAGACAC